GCUUACGAUAUUUUGUAAGUUGGAGUGGAAAACAACGGGCGCCAUACUUUUCUCUUGCUCGUAGACGUCGACGUUCGUUCUCGCGGUUUGAUUUUGUGUGAUUUAUCGAUUUAAAUAUAUUCCUGCAAAUAUUUGUCGACAUCUAGCGAAAUAUUACUAAGAAAAACGUGUGAAAAUGGGCUCUGAAGAUCGUCACGGCCGGCAUCGGUCGAAGUCUCGCGAACGAAAGCGUGGAUAUGGGAGCCGCUCGAAAUCGCGCGACCGUCGCAAAAGCCGUUCACGAAGCCCUCGCAACCACCGACAUCGAUCCAGGAGGCGUAAGCCAUCUCUCUACUGGGAUGUACCACCACCGGGUUUCGAGCACAUCACGCCGCUCCAAUACAAAGCUAUGCAGGCAGCCGGACAGAUCCCCGCCAACAUUGUAGCGGAUACUCCGCAGGCAGCGGUACCAGUUGUUGGGUCAACAAUCACCCGGCAAGCACGACGGCUCUAUGUGGGCAAUAUUCCGUUUGGCGUGACUGAGGAGGAAAUGAUGGAGUUCUUCAACCAGCAAAUGCAUCUGUCCGGCUUGGCGCAAGCGGCUGGCAAUCCAGUUCUUGCGUGUCAGAUAAAUUUGGAUAAGAAUUUUGCCUUCCUAGAGUUUAGGUCAAUCGACGAGACAACGCAGGCUAUGGCUUUCGACGGAAUUAAUUUCAAGGGACAGAGUCUGAAGAUCCGGAGACCGCAUGAUUAUCAACCGAUGCCCGGAAUGACUGAUACAGCCACAAUCAACGUGCCAGUCACCGGGGUAAUAUCCACAGUCGUGCCCGACUCUCCGCACAAAAUCUUCAUUGGUGGAUUGCCAAACUACUUGAACGAGGACCAGGUAAAGGAGUUACUACUCUCGUUUGGCCAGUUACGAGCAUUCAACUUGGUGAAGGAUGCUGCCACAGGCUUAAGUAAAGGCUACGCUUUCGCCGAAUACGUCGAUUUUAACAUAACAGACCAGGCAAUCGCUGGUUUGAAUGGAAUGCAAUUAGGCGAUAAGAAGUUGAUCGUGCAACGUGCCAGUGUAGGCGCCAAAAACACCUCAGUCGGAGCCAUUGCUCCAGUUCAAAUUCAGGUUCCGGGAUUGUCUAUGGUUGGGACAUCAGGGCCUCCAACGGAAGUUCUAUGUCUUCUCAAUAUGGUGACACCUGAGGAAUUACGCGAUGAAGAGGAAUACGAGGAUAUUUUGGAAGAUAUCAAGGAAGAAUGUAACAAAUAUGGUGUGGUUCGAAGUGUCGAAAUUCCUCGACCUAUUGAGGGGGUUGACGUCCCGGGCUGUGGAAAAGUUUUCGUGGAAUUCAACUCAGUGGUGGAUUGCCAAAAAGCGCAACAGGCGCUCACUGGCCGUAAAUUUAGUGAACGCGUUGUGGUCACGUCGUACUUUGACCCCGACAAGUAUCAUCGCAGAGAAUUUUAAUUCCACAAGAUUAAGUUCCAUUGGAAUAGUGAUUACGAAGCGAAGUUAAAAUUUUCCUUCACUGCGAGAAAAAUAAAAAGCUUUUACAAUAGAACGAACAAUGCUUUCCAUAAUUCAUGUGAUCUUCUGUCACUAAAAUUCAUGAAAUUGUUUGAAUCUAAAUAUAAACCAUUAGCAGAAGAA